AUGCAUAAAUCACGAAACAAAAACAAGAAUGAUACAUAUAAAGAGGUUUGCACUCCUAUUAAAAAGACUAGAAAAAAAGACACUGAAAUAGGUACCAUUUUAAAAAAAGAAGAUAGUUUUACAUUAAAAAAAAGUAAUUCAGAAAAUUUUAAGGCUUUAACAAAAAAAAAAUCUUUAUCGUUUGAUAAAUCAAAAAAGCUUCAAAAAAAAGUUUCCAAUAUGCCAAAAAUAACAAUGGUUAAUUUUUUUAAAUGCCCUUUAGCUUACCACACCAAUUUUUUGGGUACUAUACUUUUUAUAAUAGGAAGUGUUUUUUUUAUUUUUUCAAAUUUAUAUAUAUCUGGCUGCUUAAUUUUUGCAUUAGCAUGUUUGCUAUGUCUGUAUAGCAAUGUAAUAGGAGCUACUAAUAUUAGAUUAAAAAGGAAAAAUGAAUUUUUAGGUUUUAUAUUUUACACAAUUGGAUGUUUAAUUUUUACUGUUGGAUCUAUUUAUAGUUGUUUUAAAGAUGAUUAUUAUGCAGUAGGUAGUUUUAUAAUAGGUAGUUUAUUUUUUUUAAUUGGAGCAAUUUUUUUUUUCUUUUCAAUAAAGAUUAGAAAAAUUAAUCUUGUUAAUUACAAAAUUUUAACUGUAUUUGUUUCAAAUUUUAUUGGAGGAGUUUUGUUUACUGUCGGUAGUAUAUUCUUUCUUUACUCUCAUUUAUAUAUCGAAGCCUGCUUCCUUUUUAUUAUAGGUAGUGUUUUAUUUACAUUGGCUACAUGGCUUGAUUAUAUUAUUUACAUUAAUGAUACCUUUUAA